AUGCCAGCUGGCAUUAGCCUCGUGCUCUGUAUUCUUCUGCCAUGGAAUGUGGCAAAUUCAGCAGAUAUGGACAUUUUGCCUGGCAUAUUGAAAGAUUUGGGCCUGCCAGAUGAGGACUUGCUGCCCUAUGAAAGCUACAAACACAGGCUGGAAAAUAAGACUUUAAGGUGCAAACAAAUUCCCAGAGAUAUAGUGUCGCUCCGGACUAUCAAAGGCCAUUGUCGCGUCACGGCCAUUGAAAUUCACACCAAGAAUUUGAUCGGACACCUGUCCAAAGAGAUUCGGCACUUGACGAUGUUGAGAAUGAUCAACCUUCGCAGCAAUCGGUUAACUGGGCCUAUUUUUGACCUUGGGGCACUAAUAUCAUUGCAGGUCUUGGACCUUUCUGGUAAUCUGCUGUCGGGUCCUAUUCCAAACUUGCCUGACAGUUUGGUGCAGAUUUUCUUGUCCAACAACAACUUGACCGGUAGAGUCCCGAGCUUGGGGAAAUUCGAGAAACUGCAGCAGCUCUAUUUGGCGGGCAAUCAACUUUCAGGCCACAUCCCUCGGGAACUAGGCGGGAUGCGGAAAUUGCAAAAACUGUCAUUUGCACGUAACCAGUUGAAAGGCUCCAUUCCGGGUGACCUUUGCAAAGGUGGCCUGCGAAGUGUGUCCUUGGCAUACAACCGCCUGAACGGAACGAUUUCGGAAGAGGUCAUUUGGAAUUGCACCGCUCUACAGAAACUGAAUCUUGGACACAAUUUCCUGACCGGCGAGAUCCCUCCAGCGCCGCUGAUGCAAGACACCAGUUUUCGACUGAAGCAACUUCGCUUGAAUGACAAUCAGUUGGAGGGUCCGAUUCCUUCUUUGGAGAAGCUGGAAAAGCUGGUCGAGUUGAGCCUUGCGGGUAACAAGUUGACAGGUUCAAUCCGUGCGUUGGCCUUAGGCAUGCCCUCUCUCCAGACCUUGGAUUUGUCCAGGAACCUCCUGGAAGGUGUGAUUCCAAAUCUGAGAAAUCUCACAGCGCUGAAGCACCUGAGUUUGGAACACAACUUCUUUAGCGGCCCUUUUCCAGACACAUUUUGCCACAUGGCCCUGGUAAGUCUACACCUCAAUUACAAUCACUUCAGUGGAGAACUUCCCGAUUGCUUUGAGUGGUCCAGUAGCUUCCGAAAUUUGAUGGUGCUCUUUUUGGGCAACAACCACUUCAGUGGGCCCCUACCGGAUUUGACCAGCUUGGAACAUCUAGCAGUGGUGACUCUACAUAUGAAUGCCUUCUCCGGCCCCCUUCCGACCCUGGCGACCAAUGUCUCUGUGGCGACCUUCCACGAUAACGAGCUGAGUGGUGCCAUUCCGAACAUGAAGUUGCGCAAGAGAUGCAUCGACAACGAACGGUUCUACCUCCGGGGAUUGACCUGCAAGAGGAUAGGGAAGAAGCUGAAGCAAAGGCGUUUGCGAUGCGAAGAGAUUGCGACCAAGUACCACAAGGACCCUGGAGCCUUGUUGGCCAAUUGUCCAAGAACUUGUGAUGCCUGUUGGAAGUCUGAGCUGUGGCCAUCGAUCACUUUGCAUUCCAACCGACUCUCAGGUGAGGUCCCCAGCCAAAUGAGCGCUGAUAGAUCAGUGGAAGUUCGGGCUUUGGCUGUGAUGGGCAACAUGUUGGGCGUUGGUGAAGAGUUGAAUGCGACCUGGAUCCACGACGAGGAAGAACAGGAAUUUCUGUACAAUUCACGGGCGUCCUUCACAAGUGAGAGGAUGAUCGUGAUCCAAUUCUCCGUUCUUGUCAUCAUUGGUUGGCCUCUCAAGAGGUGGAUCGAAAGUGCGCUCCGGAUCAAACAUGCCAAUGCCGUGGGCAGAAAAUUGAUGAAAUCCUACGUGAAAGUCUUGCGGAUUACCAGUGGCAUUGCCGCCUUCAGCGUGUUUAUCUUGCCCAUGUACUUCUGCAGUAGCAGGUACUAUACGAGAGCAGGAAGGACUCUGUCACGCAGCAUGGCGGCUUAUUUGGAGAGCGAUGUGUUUGAGGUCUUGGUGGUCUUCGCUUGGUCUUUGAUGGCAGCGUUCAAUUCCGUGGCCGUGAUCACCUUAAAAGAUGACCGGGCCAGAUACCAACGAGGAGAUCACCGGGGAUGA